AUUCCUGGCGCGAUAUAACUAUAUUCGUUUAGGAAAAUGUUUAAUAUGGAAGGUAGUGGGGUUAGGUGUCCAAUUCUUGAUAGUGUGGCAGCAUCAUUACCACUGAGCGGAUCUCCAUCGUCCUCGGCGAACAGCUCGGACAUGUUCCUCUACGACGAUUCUUCGAUGUCUGAUGGUAGCUUGUAUGCGAGUGAUCAAGAAAAUUUGUCCACGCCGAGAAAACGAUCUGAUUGCCGUCGACUCCACAAGCGCCGGUCCCGUUGUCCUCAACAGCAAAUCCAACAACGGCAAGCAGCCAACUUGCGUGAACGUCGUCGAAUGCAAUCCAUCAACGAUGCUUUCGAAGGACUACGCGCCCACAUACCUACUUUACCAUAUGAAAAACGCCUCUCCAAAGUCGAUACUUUGAAGUUGGCUAUAGGAUAUAUCAGUUUUCUUGGUGAAUUGGUCCGUGCUGAUAGAAAUUCUUCAGACACUCUGCUGUCAGGAGUCAGUAAUUCACAAAAUAAGGAAGAACAAAAGAAAGUGAUCAUUAGAGCUCGACAAAUAUUCGACUCUACAGGCGUACCUACUGUAGAAGUAGACAUGGUGACUGAACUUGGUUUGUUUCGUGUGGGAGUACCUUCAACUGACUUCAAGAAAGUAGCAGAAGCGGUGCAAUUACGGGACAACAACCCAUCAGAAUAUCAUGGCAUGGGCGUUAUGAGUGCUGUGAAAAAUAUAAACACCAUAAUUGCCCCGGAACUGAUAAAGCAAAAUCUUGAAGUCACCAUGCAAAAAGAAAUUGACCAGUUCAUGGUUGCCCUCGACGGUACUGAAACUCGAACUCGACUUGGAGCCAAUGCAAUAAUGUGUGUAUCUCUUGUCGUGGCCAAAGCAGGAGCCGCCAAGAAGGGUGUUCCAUUAUACAGGCAUAUAUCAGACAUGGCCGGCAUCACAAGCAUCAUAUUACCAGUGCCUCAUUUUACUAUUUUAACGGGCGGUAUUCUGGCUUCGAAUGGUUUGCCAUUUCAAGAAUAUACAAUCAUGCCCACGGGUGCGUCAUCUUUCGCAGAAGCUAUGCGUAUUGGCACUGAUAUAUAUCGGUACGUCAAAAAAGUUAUAGCACAUAAGUAUAAUGUUGAGUCUACUUACGUAAGUGACUCCGGCGGAUUUGCGAUACCUCUGGAAAGUCAUAGGGACGCACUUUUAUUCUUAACAGACGCAAUUAAGCAGUGCGGUUAUAAUAAUAAAGCUGAAAUUGGUAUAAAUGCUGCUGCAACUGAUAUGUUCAAGGAUGGCGCUUACGAUUUGGAAUUUAAAAAUCCUAAUUCAAACCCUCAGGAAUACAUGUCGUCUGAUAAACUUGCCGAGGUAUAUUUAGACAAUAUGAAGGAGUUCCCCGUGUGUUCUAUAGAGGAUGCCUUUAAAUUUGACGAUUGGGCAGCCUGGUCCAAUUUGACUGGACGUGCGGCAGGCCAAAUAUUUGGUAACGAUUUAACACAGACUAAUUUGCGGCGAGUUGGAUUGGCUGUAGAGAAAAAGUCUGGCAACUCGAUCGCUUUGCGACUGAAUCAGGCGGGUACUUUGACUGAAAUUAUUGAAGCGUUCAAAUUGAUUAAAGCGAAUGGCUUUGGUGUAGUUGUUUGCGAUCGUUGGGGUGAUACUGAGGAUCUGUUUCUGUCGGAUCUGGUGGUCGGGCUAUCAGCCGGUCAGCUAAAGUGCGGAGGCCCAGCGCGCUGUGAACGUAUUGGAAAAUAUAAUCAGAUACUACGAAUAGAAGAGGAAUUGGGAGCUCUGUCCAAGUACGCUGGCAAAAAUUAUCGUGGUCAUAUGUAAAUGUAUUGUGUUUGUCAAGAGCAAAAUUGAGUGUAAUAUAAUACAAACAUGGAUAAAAUACUAAGCCUAAAAAUAGCCAAUA